AUGAACCCCAACGACAGCGGCACUGCCAACACUGGCAACGGCCAUCUCAACGUCCCCGGAGACGAAGUUCCUCCUCCGCCAUACUCAGAGACUGAUGUCUACAGCACCUCGGGCAGCUCUCGCUCUCACACAGCUUCAGCACCAUCAGUAGCCGCAUCGGCAACCGCAGCUGUGGCAACUCCAUCACACAGCUUCGUCGACGAUGCUGCCUCGUCGACUGCUGACGAGGUCAUUUACACGCCUCCUCUAACUCCUCGUACCUCUCCUGGCUCAGGCCAACCCGCCGCCACGCUAUACUUUGAUCUGAGGCCAGCCCCCCAGCAAGACUCCAGCACUGACAUUAUCCGCAUGACCCUUGUCCAUACCAUCGAGGUGACUGAUGUCUCGCAACCUGAUGAUUUCCCUUAUGAGAGUGACUGGGCGGGCCGAGAUGUCACUGCGCUGGAUUGGUCCACCUUUAUCAAUUUCCUGAUUCCUGAUCAUACGACAAGACAGAAUGAAGUUGUUAUUCAUAGAAAGCUGCUCGAUGAGAUGCAAAGAUCAGAAGCAGGCAGUACCAACAACAGCACAGCUCAGGUAGAGGCCCAGCUCAACCAAAUCGCCGAUGCUCGCAAUCCUACCAGUCCUGAUUCUCAGCGCCGGAGGAGAGACGUUGAAGCCACCGUCCAGCAAUGGAACGAUGGCUUCUUCGGCCCUCGAGGCAUCCAAGUUCGCCUCGAGCCCCCGAGAACUCCCUCGGCGCAGAUGCCAGGUGCUUGGGAGGCCAACUUUGACCAGGUAUCUGAAGCUGGUCGAUCUAUACAGUCUUCGCAAACUGCAGGCCGCUCUGCUCCGGCUGGCGGUGGCUCAUGGGGCGGUUUCCAACUCGAUGACAACGGUGUUCGAUAUGGCAACAGCUUUGUGGCGGAUCAAAAUGGUUUGCGCAUUGGGAAUUUGAUCAUGGAUCAGCGCGGCAUUCGAUUUCAGAAUGACGCUGCCCAAGGUCAACAGCAGCAGCCAGCAGUAGAUGCCUGCCGGGAUGUGCGCGGCCGCACAGCCUAUCAACACGAGGGCGAUGAAGAAGCCCACAAACGCUCUUGCUCGGUCUCCUCCACAUCUUCUUCUUCCUCUUCGAGCUCUGAAUCAUCCAUCGGCUCUCUCCCUAGCUACGAUGAUAUUCCUGUCAACUCUGUGCAGCUUUACAUUGCCCGACUCCAAGAUUGGACCAAGAAUCCUGACCAGCUCCGCACCAAGGGUGACGUCAAGCAGCUCAAGGCCGAGCUCAAGAGCGUCCCUAAGUCUAAGGAUGUGGUUACUGAUGUGGAUAAGAAAGCUCUCAAGGCACAAAUCAAGACAUUGACGACUGUUUGGAGACAAGUCAAGAAGAGCCAGAGAAGGGAACGCAGGGCCCAGAGAAAGGAGCGACGCGGCAAGAGGAGGGCAGAGCGUAAGGAGAAGAGGCAGCAUAGAAAAGAGAUGCGAAAGGCACGCAAGGAAGCCCGGAAAGGCCAAAGCACUCCCGUUCCCCCGGUGCCUCCGCCUCCGCCUCCCCCGGGUAUCCCCCCUCUGCCACCGCAUGUUCCUGGAACCACGGUGCCGCCUGUUCCUCCCGUUCCUCCGGUGAAUACCGCGCCAUGGACCGGCAGCUUCCCAUGGGGCCGUCCCCAACACGGUAGAGGGGGCAGAGGAGGACGCCAUCAUCCCCAUCCUCACCCCCAUCCUCACCCCCAUCCUCAUCCUCACCAACCACAUUACGGUUUGCCUCGAGGCGGAGGCUGGGGUGCAUGGAACAAUCCUCAAGCCUCGGGCGAGAAUGGCAUGUUUGGGUCGCGCGGGCCGUUUGGUCCUGAGGGGCCAUUUGGCCCAGGAGGACCGUUUGGUGAAAAGGGCAUCUUUGGAGGCGACGGUCUGUUUGGCCCAAAGGACUUUAAUCAACAAGCCGAACAGCAAAGACAGCAUCUGCACCAACACCAGCAACAGCAGUGGCAACAAUACCACCAGCAACGGCAGGGCAGUGCCUCAUCCAAUCACUCCCUGCCCGGCUCCUGGCCCGACGAGAAAAAGCAGCAGCAGCCAACUUCAGCCUCGCAAGACGACGAGCAAAUCCCGCCUCCCGGCCCGAGAGCUUCCGCAAAGUACAAUACUAUAGGGGCUCUUGAGAGGACCAUCCAGGCUCAGACUGCCGCGGCGGAGAAGGCUGAGGGUCUUCAGAAGGAGCAGGUGGAGAAGGCGAUUGCGACGAUGAGGAAGCAGCUGGAGGCUUUGAGGGUGCAGGCUGACGAGGAAUAUGCGAAGGAGUUGAGUGAGAAUUGA